AUGGUGCAGAACCUCUUCAUUUUAAUUCCCUGCACUCCGGAACAGACUGUUUCUACCUGGAGUUUCAUUGUCAGAUAUGAAACUCCGCUCCUUGGGCCCUGUGCGGUUUGGCCCUUCUGGCAUUCCUGUGUAAUUGUGCCACAGCUGUGGAGAGACACUAUUACAUUACAGCUGUUAAUAUUAACUGGGACUACACAUCUGCUGGACAGCACAGGACUGGGCCGUCAUAUAAAAAAAGUAGUAUACAGAGAGUACAAUGAGGGAUUCACACAGGCUAAACCACAUCCCUUAUCCUCAGGACAAGAGGGUGACACAAUCAUUGUCACGUUCAAGAACAUGGCAGAUCAUCCCUGUAGCAUUCACCCACAUGGUAUUGCUUAUGGGAAGCAGUCAGAGGGAUCAUUAUACUUUGACAACACGUCACUCUAUGAGAAAGAAGAUGAUGUCAUUUUACCCAGCCAAGAGCACACAUUCCAGUAGGAGGUGACCUCUGAGGUGACCCCUACAGCUGCGGACCCCCCAUGCAUCACCUACACAUACCUUUCCCACUUUGACAUUGUUAAGGACUACAAUACAGGGUUAAUAGGCACAAUGCUGAUCUGCAAAAAAGGUAUGUGAGGCAAAAACUAAAUCCUGGACUUAGAAUGUGAUGUUUAUUUUAUGACAUUUAUGCUUAGAUGGGUUAAGAUGCCCAACUUUAAUUUUCCUCUUGACCACCAAAUAUAAUCUCAAGACAUUUACUGAAUGGCUAUGCUCUUAUUUAUUAGGCCUCUUCAUCUGAAC